AGGAGGUGCAACAGCUGGGACCUGCCACCCCGCCGGGGUCCUCGUCUCCCGAGGAGCCCCCCGAGGAGGAGGGAUUGGGGUCCCCGCCGCCCCCCACCGGCCCCUGGAGGGAGACCAGCCUGGACGGACCCUACGAGAAAGCCAAAAACCCCGGUGGCGACCCCAGGGAUGAGGACACCCGGGGGUCACAGUGCUACCCUGGGUCCCCACUGAUCACCCCCGACCCUUCGGCCUCGCCCAGGGUGGGGGAUGUCCCCCCCUACCGCUUCGUCCCCGUCAGGACCCUGGUGCUGUGCAGCGUCUCCCACGCCACCUCCCCGGGCAGCAGCAGCCCCGAUGUCUCCUUCCCGCGCCCCCCGCUCCCGCCACCCCUCACUGAACCCAAUUACUACCCCCGAGGUGUCCACCGCUUCCUACCAUCCCCCGGUCCCCCAAAUUUCUUCUACGAGCAGGACCUGGCCCCGUUGCGCUACCAGCGCCUGGUGGCCUCGCACAGCCGCAUCGUGCGCACCCCGUCGCUCAAGGACUACGCCCCGGUGGGGGGCCGGGGGCUCUCCAAGGCGGCCGUCACCGAGGAGCUCAAGUCGUGGCACCAACGCGCCCGGCUGCGGGGCGCCCCUCCCCAUUCCCUUGACCGUGAAGGUCCCUGGGGCAGGACCAUGGUCCUGGGAAGGGUGGGGUGCGGGCACCCAUGGGUCCUUUAUCCCACGCAGGCACCCCCGCUCCACGUCCUGCGGCGCUCGGCGGAUGGCGUGCCCGUGCAGGUCUACGUGCCUGAGAACGGCGAGAUCAUCACACAAGG